AAAAGCACAGCUCGACGAUUUGGACGCGCACGUGAUCCUCAAUAUAUCGAUCGAUGGCGAGAGGUCGUCGACGCUCCAGGCACCGUCGCGGCGUCAGUAGCGAUCAAACCAUCGAGUCCUCGUCGUCUACUUGCGCCUCUCUUGAUGCGUGCGUCUGCCGUGGCCAAAACCAUCAGUCUCCAGUGCACACAACGGCGCCGGCACGGUGGCCUGACCUGCCGGCAGACCUGCUCCGCGACUUAUUGCCAACUUCUGGGCAGCCCUCCUGCCUCCCGGAGAAGCCACGUGGACGGUCGUGGAGCGGACGCUUGAAUGCCCGGACCUUACCAACCUCUACGUCACAUAUCACCAUGGAAGGAUAUUGGUCACCGUCGGGUCUAACCUGUGGCACGCCGUGACACCGGACGAUCACCACGGUGUUCGAGAUGUGGUGCUGCCGAGCCCCUGGAUGCCAGGGGAGCGCCUAGACUACUUAGACAUGUACAACUACCUUCUCGAGUCCCAUGGCGAGCUUCUCUGGGCGUCGGUUCACGUCCGCAAAGAUUACAUGGAUUAUUGGCGGCGGCGCGGUGAGGCCUUUGUCUCUUGCCUGGUUGGCGCUCUCUCGGUGUCCAUUCACGCCCUAGAGGACGAGGCGCCGAUGAAAAUGCGGUGGGUGAGGAAGGAUGGCAAGAGCCUAGCUAACCGCGUCCUAUUCCUGGGGUGGCCCAACAGCUUUGCCGUGGAUGCCUCACGGCUAGGCGGUGAUGCCAUGUCCGCCGGAUGCGCAUAUUUUCUCUACAACAUAGAGAACGACAUGCCUGGUCGGUCGUGUUAUGUGCUUAGGUACAAUCUCCUCAAUGGCAAGACCAAAUUCGUGGAGCAGUUGCCUGAUGGAUGGGACGAUGAUAUGUGCAUGUGGCUCUUCCCCCAGCCCGCUGUUGCUCCAAACCAGGAAAUCAGUGAAAGGUGUGAGAGUUCAAAAUGGUGGAAGAGGAAAAACCAACAGAGGACUACAACUCCAAAAAGCACUAUUCACAUGGAGAGACCUCGGCAACAACAUUACAAGUCUUAUUUCACGGUGAUCGUAAACAACCUGCCUCGCAGCGUGAAUAACUUUCAGCUGCGUCGGUUCUUCAACCAGCACGGUAAGGUGUCCCAAGCUAAGGUGAGAUGUAAGAAGAAGAACAAUAUCUCAAAGGGAUUCGGGCAUGUGACCAUGGAGAUGGUCGAGGAACAUGCUAAUGCUCUUGCUACACUUGACGGACUGGUAAGUGCAUACAUCUUAUGGCAUAACUAGAUGAUACCCCACGUAUUGCUGUGGGACUCAGUUGCAGUAUACUUUCAUGAUAUUUUAUUAUUUUGAAUAUGUAUAUUUGUAAGAAUAAUAUGAGAACUAAAACUAAAAACAUAUAUGAUUUACUGUAUUUAAUUAUUGAUGAGGUGGGCCUUUUCCCAUGCAUGUUUGCAUGACCAUGUGGGUCUUUUGCCUGCAUUGUAACUUGAUGAGGUGAUGGGCCUUUUCCCAUGCAUGUUUGCAUGUGAGGGUAGGUCUUGUGCAUGCUUGUUUACAUGAUGAGGUGGCAUGUGUGUAUGUUCAAAGAAAUAUGUUAGUGGGCUAGCUAUUUAGAUAUAGAAGA